AAUAGCCAUACCAAGGCCGAAUGCACCAAGCCUCGCGUGUUCAAAGGACCUUGCCGUAUCUGCAACCAGGAAGGCCACCCUGCCGUCGACUGUCCUGAGAGACCUCCCGAUGUGUGCAAGAACUGCAGGACUGAAGGCCACAAGACCAUUGAUUGCAAGCAGAACCGCAAGUUUGACUUGAAUAAUAUUCCUGACAAGCUCCCCGAAGAAGCCUGGACUAUUAUUCGCAAGGCAAGCAAUGAGAGAGAUCUUGCAGACUUUCGUGAGGGUGUAAAGGUCUACUCCAAGGCGGCCCCCCUGGCUACCUUUCUGGACAUGGAGAAAAAACUGCGCGAAGACAACCUCAAGUUUUACAUCGUUGCACUGGAGAAAAAUCCUGAAGAUACUUUCAGUUUGAUCGACCUCCAAGGUAAACUCGACUGUAAGUACGUGGUGGGAUAUUACUUCAGUCCCAAGCCACAGCGCGCGAAUCUCAGAGAACGCUGGCCUGCCUCUACCGAGGAGAACAUGGAACGCCUUCAGAAUGCCGGAAUUCCUUAUGACCGCCAGAUCCCUAAGUGCUCUAACUGUAAUGAAAUGGGCCAUACCAUGCGCUUCUGUAAGGAAGAGCGCGCGAGUGACUACGAGCGUGUCGAGAUCAAGUGUGUCAAUUGCAGUGAGGUCGGACAUCGUGUUCGUGACUGCACUCAGCCACGUCGUGCCGGAAACUUCACCUGUCGCAACUGCGGGCAUGUUAUCCCUCAUCACUGCACCACUGGUCUAGGCCAAGUUCAUUAA